AUGAGUGAAACUCAACGCACAGUCCACCAACCCAUUCACCCCGACAUAGCGGGCAGGUUGGACCCGGAAUACGCCAAGUUUCACAAUGCCAACUCCGCGUAUCUUGUCCCUCUGCACCUUCAGUCAUGGGAUCCUGCAGUGCGUCAGAAACCUGCCAUCCUAGGUGGCUCCGAUCCCCUCAAGGUCGGCGAUGUCAAGGAUCUGUCUUUGGGUAAGUAUGCGAUUCGGGUCUUCACACCAGAAACCUCGGCUCCGGUGCCAGGAUGGCCUGUGCUGCUCUAUUUCCAUGGAGGCGCGUGCACGUUGUCAAAUGAAUUAAACGGCUGCUUACUGCCGCGCACAGGAGGCUGGACGUUGGGCAAUAUCAGUACCCAAAACGCUUUCUGCACUCAUAUGUGCAAGCGCGCAAGCUGCGUUGUAGUUGCGGUUGAUUAUCGGCUGGCGCCAGAAAAUCCAUACCCCGCUGCCGUAGAGGACGCGAUAGAGGCCCUCGGCUGGGUCUAUCAGAAUGGCAAGGCUCAGCUGAACGCCGACGUCACCAAGAUUGCAGUUGGCGGUUCGUCCAGCGGUGCCAAUUUAGCCGCGGUCCUCACUCACAAGGCGGCGCUCGCGGAUCCUCCUAUUCCUCUCGCCUUCCAGCUUUUGGUGGUCCCUGUUAUCGACAAUACGGCGACGACAUCGGGUGUUCCCUACAAGUCUUGGGCUGAGAAUCAGAACACCAUCGGGCUCAGCGUCGGCAGGAUGCUUUGGUUCCGGGACUAUUACUUGCCGAAUGAAAAAGAUCGCCUGGCAUGGGAGAGCUCCCCCAUUUUCGCUCCAGAAGAGUCGUUCAGGAAGGCGCCGCCAGCCUGGAUUGCCGCCGCCGAGCUCGACAUUCUGAGGGACGAGGCCAUCGUCUAUGGCGAGAAAUUACAGGAGGCCGGUGUGGAUGUAGAAAUUAAGAUAUACAAGGGCGCUCCUCACCCGAUCAUGUCUAUGGACGGUGCAGUGCUUGCAAUUGGUAGACAGCUCGUGUCGGACGCUGCUGAUGCUUUGGGUAGAGCCUUUGAAACGCUCUGA